AUGUUGGCCCACAAGCGCCUUGCUGGCAUGCGCCAGGCCUUCAAGGCUUUCAGGCACAAGGGUCUGGAGCAGGAGGAGGCGCUGGAGCGAUGGCGGGUGGCGUUCGACAUCCCCGCCUUCCAGAGCUUCGUCACGAAGUUCCCGCAGGUCGUGGACCCCGUCGACUUCGAGGUCCACAGGCUUGUGGAGACCUUCGUGCAGAACGCAGCAGAGCGCGACGAGCUGAACUCGAUGAAGCUGAAGGCUCGCGGGCGCGGCAGCCUCGCCAGCAAGGGCGUCUACAUCUCCGCUGUGCGCCUCCGCCCCGCGAUUGGACCUCGUGCCAUCCGCCGCUUUGUGACGGCAGCGGCGAGAGUUUUGACGGUCAUUUGCCUGACGGCCUAUUCGAGCAAGUUCGAGUUCCUCAAGCUCGGGCGCCGUGUCUACACCGUGUUCCGCAUAUUGUUCCUGCCCGCCGCGACGGACCCUGCGAACAGGGCAGCCGCCGCGUCCAUACCCGCUGGCUCCCUCUGGAAGCGGCGGAGGGUUUGCGCAUUCGUCAGGAACGGCGGCAAAAAGCAGAAGGCUGCCCGCGAGUUCGACUGGUCAACCGCAGAGUUCGCGCACUUCGUGCUGAAGUUUGCGUAUGUGGGAACCGACUAUUAUGGCCUGGCGUGGCAGGAUUCAGAGACUUGCCCCACGGUGGAGGGUAAGUUGUUCGAUGCCCUGGUGAAGACGCGACUCAUCCGGGACCGACAGACCUGCGGGUAUCCGAUCGGUGCGGGCGCACCGACAAGGGUGUGCACGCCGCGGGCAACUACGCGGCCAUGCAGCUGA